AUGUCUUUCGAUAAUCUCAUCAAACUUUUCUCUUCUAUUUGUUACAGCGUUGUGGAACGAGAACUCAAUGUUCCACUUCCAAUUUCAAAGAUCAUCAAAAAGUGGAAUAAUUUAUUGCAAGAGUACAAGCAUGCACAUGGAGCUGAAGCAAAACAACAGAAAGCGACGAAAAGAUUUCAAAAAGAAAUGUAA